CCAUCACCAUCAUCAUCAACACCAUCAUCAUCACCAUCAUCAUCAUCAGGAACCCGGGGCAUGGGCCGCCCGGCGCUCACCGCACGCCGCCAUCCAAGCAGCCAGGCCUACCAAGGAGCCGUCACCCCAACACAAGACCCCCCUCGGGGACCCGGGAGCCGGGCCCGCAAAACGCUGCCGCCGCCGUCCAUGCAAGGAGCCCAAGACCCGUCUCGCCCACCGCCAACGCCGCCGCCGCCGUCCAUGCACGCAGGCCGACCAGGGAGCCGGAAACCCAACGAAGGCCCCCCCGCCACGGGGACACGAGAACCGGGCGCACGCCCCGCCGCCGUUCCCGCCCUCCAAGUAGCAAGGCGGAACAGGGAGCCUGAACCCCUACAAAAGACCCGCCCCCUGGGGCCCCUGACCCGGGCCCGCCCACGACCGCGGCCGCCGCCAUCCAAGCAGCCAGGCCUACCAAGGAGCCGUCACCCCAACACAAGACCCCCCUCGGGGACCCGGGAGCUGGGCCCGCAAAACGCUGCCGCCGCCGUCCAUGGAGCCCAAGACCCGUCUCGCCCACCGCCAACGCCGCCGCCGCCGUCCAUGCACGCAGGCCGACCAGGGAGCCGGAAACCCAACGAAAGCCCCCACGCCACGGGGACACGAGAACCGGGCCCACGCCCCGCCGCCGCUCCCGCCCUCCAACCGCUGCCGGCGCCACUAUCUAAGCAGCCAGGCCCACCAGGUCGCCUGAAGCCCCAAGAAAGCUCCCCCCCAUGGGACCCGAGACCCGUGCCCGCCCACCGCCGUCGCUGCCGCCGCCGUCAUGGUCCAAGCAGCCAGACCGACCAGGGCGCCUUGACCCUAGCAAAACGCAUCCACCAGAAGACCCGAGACUCGGGACCGCCCACCGACGCCGCCGCUGCUGUCCAAUCCAAGCAGACAGGCCGAUCAGGGAGCCUGAUCCCCAACAAAAGUCACCCACGCCACGGGGACCCGAGACCCGUGCAGGCCGUCCGCAGUCGCAGAAUCCAUCGCCGCCACCUCUGUCGCGUCCUUCCAAGUAGCCAGGCCUACCAGGGAACAGGAAACCUAUCAAAAGCUCCCCCUCCCCACGGGGACCCGAGUCCCAGACCCGCCCACGGUCGCCGUCGCCCAAGCAGCCAGUUCGACCAGCCGCCGCUGCCGUCCAAGCAGCCAGGCCGAUCAGGGAGCCUGAACCACAUCGAAAGCCCCACCCCGGGGACCCGAGACCCGGCUCCCCGUUCCCCGGCAUCCGAGAGCCGGACCAGCCCACCGCCGCCGCCACCCAAGCAGACAGGCCGAUCAGCCCCCCUGCCCGUGGACCCGAGACACGGACCGUCCGUUGCCCACCGCACAACGCCCAAAGCCCACCGCCGCCGUCGUCCAAGCUGCCAGGCCAACCAAGAGCGUUCAACCCAACAAAAGCUGCCCCCCACUCCCGUACCUGAGACCCGGUCCGCCCACCGCCCUGCCUCUGAAUACUUUGUCCCCUAUUCUAGCCAUAGCUACCAUGCGAUAGCUGCCAUGUCCUACAUGACAUGGCUACAGCUGAUUGGCUUAGUGGAGGUGGAGCUGGAGCUGGAGCUGCGGAUGGCAGUAGCUCUUGGGACAGUUGUUCAGCCUGGGCAGAAGCUGGAACUGGAGUGA